ACAUUUGGACACUGUUGACUCGUCAAACAUGCUUUUUGCUAUAGCAUUGGUGUAUAGUGUUCUUUUGGUUACUGGAAAGACAACUGAUAUACAGACCGAGCCGCGGGAUGCUGACGCAACUUCCCAUCUUAGAAGUUCAAAAAUACUGUUAUGGGAAAAUAUUAUCGCUAGGGGAGAAUGUGGCUUUCCGAUGUUCACCUGUCCUUCAACUGGAGUGUGCUUGUACCUCCUCAGCGAAUUAUGUGAUGGCCGAUUUAAUUGUUAUAACGGUGAAGACGAAAGGCACUGUACAGCCGAAGACAAAUAUGCUAUAGAGUUUAUUGGUAAAGCAUAUGGUUACACUGAAGUACCUACUACUUCACAUCCUCACAACCACCACCACCACCAUCACACGCCGGCACAUGCCUCUACACCUGGCAGCGGACAUCAUUUUGUUCCAAUAACCCAACAACCGGUUACCACAUCAAAACCGACGACAACCGUACCGACAUCGACCACAGUAUCACCAUCCCCUACAGUGACGCCUCACUGGAUUAAGUUUACUCAGUCAACCAUGACACAAGGAUUGAUUAUGCCUUAUAUGGGAAAGAAAUAAUGAAUACCGAAUGAAAUUCAUAAAAGCAUUUUGCAAAAAAACAAA